AUGUCUGGUAAAAGCUUGAAGGAUGGAAAACUGGGUCCCUGGGGACUUCUGAAGGAGGUCUUCAACUGGUAUCCGUCUGAUUACCCCGCAAGUGAAAGGAAACUGCUCUUCAAAUUGGAUUUGUCCAUUCUUGUGUUUGCAUGUCUCUGCUUUUUUGUCAAGUACUUGGACCAAACAAAUAUCAGCAAUGCAUACGUCAGUGGGCUCAAAGAGGACUUCCACCUCAAUGGAGAUCAGCUCAACUAUCUCAACGUUUGCUAUUAUACUGCAUAUGUUGUUUUCCAAGUUCCGACUCUACUGCUGAUUUCCCGGCCACAACUAGCCCGAUGGCUCCUUCCGACACUUGAGAUUCUUUGGGGAAUCUGUACCUUUGCCCAAAGCCGGGUCACCGACAUAAAUCAGCUGUACGCCCUUCGUUUCUUGGUUGGUAUAUUCGAAGCGCCCGUUUUCGCGGGAACACACUUCAUCCUCGGAUCUUGGUACUCGGGACCCGAGCUUUUCAAACGAGCCGGCACAUGGUUUCUUUGCAACGCACUCGGGACUAUGGUCAGUGGAUAUCUACAAGCAGCGGCCUAUACCAACCUGUCCGGCGUCGGCGGCAUGCCUGGGUGGAAAUGGUUGUUUAUCAUCGACGGAAUCUUCACCAUCCCCGUGGCACUGAUCGGAUUCUUUGUCUUCCCUGGAGUCCCGGACUCCCCGCGUGCCUUCUUUCUCACAGAAAGCGAUGUCGAUUUAGCCAAAGAACGGGUGCAGAGAGCCAACAUCCGCCGUCCUGGGAAGAUGUCCCUCGAUGUGUUCAAGCGCACACUCAAAAGAUGGCAUAUUUGGGUUUUUGUUUUAUCUUAUGCGUGCAUGAUUCUAUCGUCUUAUCCCACAGCAUAUAUGAACCUCUGGCUCGAGGCAGAAGGCUACUCUGUCACACAGAUCAACAAGUUACCGACGGUGACUUAUGCGAUUAACAUCGUUGCCUCUUGGCUGGGGACGACCCUGGCUGCUAUCUAUCCCUCCUGGCUCAUUUACAGCAUCGCGUCUCUCUGCUGUUUGUUUUCCACGCUGUGUAUGAUUAUCUGGAAUAUUCCCAAAGGAUUGAAGUUUGUCGCAUGGUACCUCUUUGGUACUGCUGGAUGCACAAGUCCCAUCCUAUACUCGACCGUCAAUACGAUCGUCAAAGACGAUUCAGAGGAGCGCGCGCUGAUCAUGGGCGCAAUGAUGACAUUUGGCUACUCGUUCGAAAUCUGGGUCCCUCUUCUACUCUUCCCAACCGCCGGGCCUGAUGGUGCGCCUCGAUGGCGAAAAGGCUGGCCUGCAGCAUUCGCUUUCUUCUUUUUACUGUGGGUUGGAUUUAUCUCGGCCAUUGUGAUACAUAGACGGUAA